AUGCGCUCAGAAGAAAAACAUUAUAGAGCCGCAACAUGUAAGGUUGAACGUAUUCUUGUUUGUUCAAAAACUGUAUGCCGCGAAUGGACGAAAAGCAUGCCGUUAAAUGACUGCUUUGGUCUCCAGUUGAACGUUAGCUAUGUCGUCGCGACGCAUGAAAGGAAUCACUAUCUAACAAGACUGAACUCGUCAGGUGUUUGUUACUACAAUAUAAACAAUCAUAAUGAAGUGAAAUGGGACGAGUUCAACGUUACUCCCUAUUUAGACAUAUUUAUUCGCGGUGUUCUUUUAAUCUUCAUUGGGAUAUUAUAUUUAAUUAUAGUCGCCAAGACAUGCCCCGCUGUAGAGUCUGGCCAAGAGCUCAGCCCUGAACGAGAGCAGAUGCUUGAUAGCUUUUUUAUGUCCUUCUGA